AUGCAUGGUGAAGGACAUCCGUUCGAGCGCCAUGCCUCAAUCACACAACAGCGUCGACUGUCGCUACAGUUCGAGCGCAAUGCUUGGUUAGGACCGCCAUCAGAUACUAUCUACGCCGGUGUCUCCUGCAACUUCAAAGAUCACUGUACAUCAACCAUAGCAAUCGCAAUCCGCGAUACCACAUAUCUACUAGACUUCAUCGAGGAGGAGUUCGAAAAUGGCCCAGUCACCGCAGAGGAAGCUACCGACUUCAUAAUUUCCCAGCUGAUGGCGUAUUCCACGGACCAUAUGGAGAAAUUCGUUGGGAUAUCAAUGCCUGAACACGUUGCAACUAACUGCCCUCGCCUAUGCCCUCGCCUUUGGGCGGAGCUCGACAUCGUUCCAUUGGUCAUGUCGGACGCAGCACUGAUAGACAGAAUCAGUGUCGAACAGGCUGUCGAGAACCUGGACCUGGCACCUAGUGUGUGGGAUGCAAAGACCAUCGAUGAACAGGCUGAAUCCAUGGCACGAAAAGGUGUCAGACUAUUCGGACCGGAGAACACCCCCCUGCUACAAGUGGGCUUCCUCGGGCAAGUGGAAGUGGACACAGCUUACCAUGUCCGACUUGCGGACCUGAGCGAUUUCAAGACAACAGUCUCGGAUAAAACUUGGUCUGCAGUGGAACACUACGCCACUGACCUGAAAAAGCGCAAGGUCAAGAUAGCAUUUUUCAGUGCCACCCCUCAGGGUGGCGGCGUGGCUUUGAUGCGGCAUGCUAUCUUGCGAUUUUCGCAUUGUCUGGGCACUGACAUCAAAUGGUAUGUCCCGAAACCACGCCCAGGCGUCUUCCGGGUAACCAAAACGAACCACAAUAUCCUGCAAGGUGUUGCUCAUGAAGGCGAGCGAUUGACACCAGAGAACGCGAAACUCCUGCAGGAUUGGAUCGAGGAUAAUGCCAGUCGAUACUGGACCCGACCAGGUGGACCUUUGCGUCCACCAUCAGAGGGUGGUGCAGAUGUCAUAGUCGUCGACGAUCCUCAGAUGCCAGGCCUCUGUCCCAUCGCAAAAAAGCUAGCUCCAGAUCGGCCGGUCCUCUUCCGAAGCCACAUCCAAAUCCGAAGUGAUCUGGUUGCGAUACCUGGCUCCCCACAGGCGGAGGCCUGGGACUUCCUUUGGAACUGUAUCAAACAUGCCGAUUGUUUCCUCAGUCACCCUGUGAGCGCCUUCGUGCCACGGAAUGUGCCUCCAGAUAUAGUAGGCUAUAUGCCUGCAUCAACUGACUGGCUGGAUGGACUGAAUAAAGAUAUGCGGGACUGGGACAUCGCGCACUACGGCCGCAUCUUCAAUGCCCACUGUCGCGAUGUGGAGAUGCCAACUAUCCAGUGGCCCGAAGAUUCAUAUAUCGUCCAGAUCGCACGGUUCGACCCAUCAAAGGGUAUCAUGGAUGUGUUGGUUUCCUACGAGAAGUUCUACAACAAACUAGUAACCGAAGAGCCUGAUGUCGUCCCUCCCAAGCUACUGAUUUGUGGACACGGAUCAGUUGAUGAUCCUGACGGAACGCAAAUCUAUGACCAGACAAUCAACUACCUGGACAAAAAAGUCCCAGAUAUACGUCACCUGAUCUGCGUGAUGCGAGUGCGGCCCUGCGACCAAGUCCUGAACGCCAUUCUCUCCAAGGCGACUGUCGCACUGCAACUAUCUACAUCCGAAGGGUUCGAGGUAAAAGUCUCCGAGGCAAUCCACAAAGGAAAACCAGUCAUCGCCACGCGUGCUGGCGGCAUCCCGUUGCAGGUGCAGAAUGGGAAGAAUGGGUUCCUGGUUGAUGUUGGUGACACCGAUGCUGUGGCGCAGCACUUGUUCGAGCUCUGGACGGAUCCUGUUCUGUAUCAACGCAUGUCGGCGUACGGCAUCCGUCACGUUAGUGACGAAGUGAGUACCGUGGGCCAUGCUCUCGAUUGGCUCUAUCUCGCUGCCAAGAUGUCGCGUGGCGAGACUGUUCGGCCCCACGGACGUUGGAUCAAUGAUAUGGCGUUUGAAGAGAUUGGCAUCCCGGAAAACGAGGAUGAGCUGCGGCUCACACGCGCAGUCAAGGUGGAGUAUAUGGGUUAA